CAAGGUGGAAAGCAAUGAAGGAAGUAGGAGGGCAGUAAAAUAAAAUAAAAAGUGACGUUUAUAAAUUGCUUUUCACUUUCGAUUUGUAGUUUCAGGCAGAAUAAAUGAUCCCCAAAACACCUAAUAUCUCCAGAAGCUCGUCGUGCGAAAGUUGGCCGCUUCACUGAAAGGAGGAGAUGGAGAUGUGUUUUCAGAGUGUGCUGCUGAAAGUGCAGGAGUCUCUCAGUGCAGAUGAGCUGCAGGAUCUGCUGUUUCUGUGCUCGGAUCUGCUCUGUUUACGAGACCUCAACACUGUGAGCUCUGGGCAGAAGCUCUUCACUCUUCUGCAGGAACAGGACCUGCUGUCAUUGGAGGAUCCAUCGCUGCUUAUGGAGCUGCUGAGGAUCACCAAACGGACCCGUCUGAUCCGCAGUCUGCAGUCGGAUGCUUGUAUGCAAACCAAUGGCACAGCUGAUCAGCCACAACAACAACAACAACAACGCAUCUCCAGAUACAGACAGUUUUUGUAUGAGCUGUCAGAGUCCAUCUGCGAUCAAGACCUGAAAAACAUCAAGUUCCUACUAAUGAAAACACUUUCACGCAGAAAACUGGAGCAGAACUUGACGCUGUUGCAGCUGUUUCUGGAGAUGGAGAAGGAGGACCUGCUCGGGGAAAAUAAUUUGGACGUCCUGCAGAGGAUUUUUGCAGAUGUCUAUCCCGCUUUAGGAAAAAAAAUUAAUCAGUACAGAGAAGAGAACUUAAAUGUAGUGUUUAUUGCUGAGGAGACCGAGGGGUUUUCAUCAAAAGCAGAUCUGCCGUCAUCACAGACGUCACUCCCGUCAGUUGAGAUUUUAGGAAGGGAGAUGGAUGGUAUUACUCUGACUAAAAACGCUUCUGGGUUUAGCAGAGAUAACAGCCAGCGUUCAGAUUCAGUCAACUCAGGGAUCGACAGCGAGAGUUCAGAAAUGCCUCAGAUCGGAAAUUCAAUGUUAGAGCAGUAUGAGAUGAAGGGGGAGUGGAGAGGAGUCUGUCUGAUCAUCAACAACUAUGACUUCAGUGCCUGUGGAAUGGGGAUCAGAGACGGAACAGACAUCGACCACGAGAGUCUGCGGGACGUGUUUGAGUGGCUGGGCUUUGAGAUCUUGACCCGUCGGAACUGUACAAGAGAGCAGAUCCUGAAGGCGCUGAUGGAUCUCUCGGCUCGGGAUCACACACAAGCAGAUUGUGUCGUCUGCUGCAUCUUGAGCCAUGGACGUCUAAAUGGUAUUGUUGGUGUGGAUGGACAAUUAGUUUUCUUUAAGGAGCUGAUGGCGACCCUGAGUCCCUUGCGGUGCUCCUCGCUGUACGGGAAACCCAAGCUGUUCUUCAUCCAGGCCUGCAGGGGCACUCAAAACCAGCGACCAGUGUUUCCUCAGACGUUUACUGAAGAUGAAGACGUGCUGGCCAGCGAUGCAGGAGUGCCCAGAGACUCCAUACCUGAGAUGGCGGAUUACCUGAUGGCCAUGUCCACUGUGCCGCUUUACGCCUCAUUCAGGGACAAAAACAAUGGAACCUGGUUUAUACAGUCCCUCUGCCAUAACCUGAGACUGCUGGUGCCACGGGGGAAGGAUCUGCUCUCCAUCCUGACCAAGGUGAACGCUGACGUGAGCAGAAAGUCUGAUAAAAGUGGUUUGAAGAAGCAGAUGCCGCAGCCUGAGUUCAGCCUCACCAAGACGGUGGUAUUCCCUCCACCAGCGCUUCCUUAAUGAAGCCCCAAACUUCAAAAUAUACCUUUCGUACUUUGAUUUAUUGUCUUGCUUCUAUUCUAAAUAUCUAAACAUUCUUAAAUCAAGACAUGCAAAACAUACUGUCUUGUUUUCAGAAAUAAUGAGUCAAAAUGAAGUGAGUUUUUCCUUAAAACAAGCUAAACAAUUGACUAGAAAGCUAAACUAGAAAGAAACUAUUUACCACCAGCUGAACAAUUUGCCAGUGAAAUGAACCUGCUUUUCUUUUUGACGUGAUGUUAUUUCACUCACCCCAUUGGCAGAUUAUUUUGCUUGUCUUAAGGAAAAACUCACUUCAUUAUUUCUGUAAACAAGUCAAUAUGUUUUGCUAGUCUAGAAAAUGCUUCUUGACAUGAGUGUUUAGAUAUUUGGACUAGAAACGAGACAGAAAAAUCUAUGCAAAAAACCUCUCGAAGCCUCCAGCAGACACGAGCACACCGCUGUUCUGCAGCCAUGUUUACAGGAUGAGCUGGAGUCCUGAUGAGAUUUACUUGAAGCAAAUGCUUUUCUUAAUCAUUUUGGUCUCAUUUCUUGUCUAAAUAUCUAAAAACUCUUAAAUCAAGAAGCAUUGUUUAGACAAUUUAAAAAUAUAGUGUUUCUUUUAGAAAUAAUGUGUCAAAAUGAAGUCAGUUUUGCCUUUAAACAAGCAAAAUAAUAAGCCGGUGAGUAAAAUCUUCUUGUCAUAACAUUAUUUUGCUCAUCCCACUUGUUUUAAAGAAAAACUCCCGUAAUUUUGGCAUUAUUACAGAAAACAACACUAUAUAUUAUAGUAAUA